UUGAGACUAAACGCCAAGAAGAGUGUACUUUCUCCAGUUCAGAGAACCACCUAUCUAGGCGUAGUUUGGAAUUCGAUCACGAUGCAGGCACGCUUGUCUCCUGCUCGGAUCGAGUCGAUCCUCACGUCAGUCGAGAGAUUCAAAGAAGGCCAGUCACUCACUGUCAAACAAUUCCAGAGAUUGUUAGGGCUGAUGGCAGCUGCGUCCAACUUGAUACCUUUUGGCCUGCUGUACAUGAGACCCCUACAGUGGUGGCUCAAGUCCAAGGGCUUUUCCCCGAGGGGAAAUCCACUUCGAGUUAUCAAGGUCACGCGGCGGUGCCUUCGUGCCUUAGACAUGUGGAAGAAACCUUGGUUCUUGAAUCAGGGCACGGUGCUGGGAGCUCCUUGUCGCCGUGUAACGCUAGCGACAGACGCGUCCCUCACCGGUUGGGGUGCGGUCAUGAGUGGCCACCCUGCCCGCGGUCUGUGGAGCGAUCGCCAUCUGACAUGGCACAUCAAUUGCCUAGAGAUGCUAGCAGUCUAUCGAGCAUUGAAAUAUUUCCUCCCAGACCUGAGAGGUCACCAUGUGUUGGUGCGCACCGACAACACAUCAGUGGUCUCUUAUAUCAAUCACCAGGGGGGUCUGCGUUCACGCCCCUUGUACAAGCUGGCACACCAGAUCCUUCUGUGGUCCCAGGGCAAACUCCUCUCGAUCAGAGCAGUGUAUAUUCCUGGGAGGUUGAAUGUGGGAGCAGACAUACUGUCGAGGCAGGGGCCGAGGCCCGGGGAAUGGAUGCUUCACCCCGAGGUGGUGAAGCAGAUAUGGAGAGUAUUUGGCACAGCCCAGGUGGACCUCUUUGCGACUCAGGAGACAUCGCAAUGUCCCCUCUGGUUCUCUCUAGUUCAUCCAGCUCCUCUGGGACUGGACGCUAUGGUACAGACCUGGCCGAGGCUUCGUCUGUACGCUUUUCCCCCUAUCGCUCUGCUCCCGGGAGUUCUGGCGAGAGUACGCCAGGACGGGGUCCGUCUGUUAUUAGUAGCCCCGUUCUGGCCGGGCCGACCAUGGUUCUCAGAUCUAGUCUCGCUCCUCGACGGCUCUCCGUGGGAGAUACCGAUCAGGACAGACCUACUCUCACAGGCGCAGGGCAUGAUAAUUCACCCUCGCCCGGAGUUGUGGAAGCUGUGGGUGUGGCCC